AAUUGGGUCUUAAUUACUUUUAAGCCGUACAUAAACUAAAAAUUGACAAUAGAAUUGGGCGGGUGCUUUUGCUGAUGAAUCACCCGAACUGAAUUUCAGAGCCCUAAAUAACUCUCCGUACAAUUUCACUGCGAAGACGAAGAACAUCAUGAGCAACGAUAAACAGUUCGAAUUCUGCGUUGUUUGCAAGCUCAAUCACAAUCAAGGACGCCGUCAUAACUUCAUCCCUAACCACAAGAAGUCGCUCGCGGCGGUGCUCUCCCGUUUCCAGUCGAAGCUUUCCGAUAUCCGGUUCUUCCUCAAAAACCCUAUCCCUCUGCGCCCUGAGCAUGCUUCGCUUAAUCGACUUUGGUGUAUAUUCUGCGAUCGUGAUAUACUUGAACUCGACAGCUUCUACGCUAGUGACAAUGCGAUUAGGCAUUUGUCUUGUGCCGAUCAUAUGAAGAAAGUUAAAGGUUUUUUGUGGAAGUAUGGUGGUGGAAUGGACAAGGUUGAUACUCUUCGGAUUACAGAGACUGACUUCUCCAAGGUACUGUGGGAGAAGAAGUGCAAUCUUUCGAAGAAGGGAGCUCUUGAUGGAGGAUCUCGGGCAAUGUCAAUUGGACCGUCGAAUGGGAUGAAAGAUCACAGAUAUUUGAAAACAAAACAUGGUGUUACAAAUGGACCUAAUAUGCGCAGUACGUCCAUGGGCGUACAACUCGGUGAAGAUGCUUGUUCCUCCAGUGGCUUAUCAAAUGCCCAAAAGAUCUUGGGGUUUCAUGCCGCAGCUUCUCACGAAUGUCUUAAUGGAGAUUCUGGAACCUCGGAUAGGAGAAUGUCAAAGGGGAUGAAGAGUUCUCUGGGUUCACCAAGCAUUACACAGAUAUCUUUAACAUUUCAAGAAGAUUCCCUGGGCAAUGUUCAUUCUGGAGCACCUCCUCCAUGGUUCAAUGCGGUUGAAAAAAGUCAGCUAGAUUUUGUAUCAAAUCCUGGAAGGAGUGACCCCUUCCCUCCCAAUCAGAAGAAGAAGUCGAAACUAAACCCAAACCGGGUUGGUGCUGCUUGGGCAGAGAGAAGAAGAGUUGAACUGGAGUUGGAGAGUAAAGGGGAGCUCGUGACAAACACUUUCGAUGUGAACUGGCUCCCAAAUUUUGGCAGAGUUUGGCAAUCAGGUACUAGGAAGGAAUCUAGAAAAGAAUUUCAGCUGGAGAAUCACAAAUCUUCUGAGGUUGAAAGCCAAUCCCAGAGUAGGGUGCAGUUACAGCCUUAUGUCAGUAAGCGAAAGCGCAAAGGUCCUGUUGAUGAUGAGCUUGACUGACCUGCUCUGUAUGGUGACCAAAUUAUGAAAUUCAUGUGUACAUUCUUCUUGAUAUACUUUUUGGGUUUCCCGUGUAUGAAUUGGGGUAACUAGAUUAUUGUGAAGUUCAUGAUCAAGUUAUUAUAACCUGUAGAUUGUUGUUAUUUUAAUUUUUCCUAAUGAGAUAUUGGUUCUUCUCUAGUGGUUCUAGCAAAAUUUCGGGCACAAUUUGCCAAUGUACAAUCUGUUUCUUGUUUUAAUGCCUUCAAUUGGCUCAAAGUU